GUCGUGAUUGGAUCUGUACAAAAUCUCCAUUUCCCCCUUCUCCCACUUCACACACACACACACUCCUCUCUUCUUAUUCUUCUGCUCUUUCUCCCUCUGCUUUUAAGCGAAGCGCUUCUAAAUCCAACAAUGGAGGGUUAAAGAGAGAACAAAAAAUCAAUUCCCACAAGGUCAAACAAGACGACAAUGGUGGCUUAGGGUGUCGGUGUCUUCAUCCUCUCUUAAAAUUCAACCUCAUUAUCUUCAUUUUUUUUUUCAUUUCCCAUUCUUCUACUCUUUAAUUCGAGGAACUAUUUUGAUGUGUUGCUUGUUUCGAUCUUGAAUCGUCAUCGACUUGUGGGGUUGAUUUUGACGUUACUACGGUAGACAAUGUCCAGGCCUUUACAUCGAGGUGCGUCUGGUGUUAAGGUUCAUGGUCAUGGUGAUGAUAAAUGGGACUCUCAAAUGAAAGAUAAAACUGAAAAAGAAGAGGUGGACAGAAGAGGUUCUUUGGAUCAUGGAGGAAAUUUGGUUCCGAGGUUACCCUUUCGCCUACUUCUUCCAGACAAUUCACCUUCAAAAUAUGGAGGCACUGAGAAUGGCUUUGCUUCUGAUUCUUUUUUAGUUGGGAACUCAAGAAGUCGGCAGCAAUUUAUACUGCAAAUGUUGAAAUUGAGUUUAGUGUUGAUUAUAAUUCUUGCUCUUACUGGAUCUUUUUGGUGGACACUCUCCAUUUCUGGUUCUUCCCAAGUUCAAAUCUUCCAUGGUUAUCGGCGACUCCAAGAGCAGCUUGUUUCCGACCUUUGGGAUAUAGGGGAGAUUUCUCUUGGUCCUUCAAGGUUGAAAGAGCUUGAAUUCUGUUCGCCGGAGUUCGAGAAUUAUGUUCCAUGCUUCAAUUCAAGUGAUACUCAAGAUGAUGAGUAUGAUAGACAUUGUGAGCCUAGCUUGUCGCUAAACUGUUUGGUACAACCUCCCUUGAAAUACAAGAUUCCACUUAGAUGGCCUACUGGAAGGGAUGUUAUCUGGGUGUCAAAUGUGAAAAUCACAGCACAGGAGGUCCUUUACUCGGGAAGCUUGACCAAAAGGAUGAUGAUGCUGGAGGAAGAACAAAUAUCUUUUCGUUCGGCGUCUCCAAUGUUUGAUGGCGUUGAAGAUUAUUCUCACCAAAUUGCAGAAAUGAUUGGGCUGAGGAAUGAAUCAAAUUUCAGAGAAGUUGGGGUAAGAACUAUUCUGGAUAUAGGAUGUGGUUAUGGAAGUUUUGGAGCACAUCUUUUCUCGAAACAUCUCUUAACUAUGUGCAUAGCAAAUUAUGAGGCUUCAGGCAGUCAGGUUCAACUAACUCUUGAAAGGGGUCUUCCUGCGAUGCUUGGUUCUUUUACUUCAAAACAGUUGCCAUUUCCAUCUCUUUCCUAUGAUAUGGUUCAUUGUGCACGAUGUGGCGUUGACUGGGACAGUAAAGAUGGUAGAUACUUGAUUGAAGUUGAUAGAGUUUUGAAGCCAGGUGGGUAUUUUGUGUGGACAUUGCCACUUACAAAUACUCAAGGUGUUCUUCACAAAAAAGAGAACCAGAAAAGAUGGAGCUUCAUUCAGGAUUUUGUCGAAUAUCUGUGCUGGGAGAUGUUGCCUCAACAAGAUGAAACUGUUGUCUGGAAGAAAACUAGUAAAAGUAAUUGUUAUAGCUCACGGAAGCCAGACUCAUCUCCUCCAAUAUGUGGUAAAGGUUAUGAUAUUGAAUCUCCAUAUUAUAGACCACUCCAAGCCUGCAUUGGGGGAAGAAAAAGUCGUCGUUGGGUUCCUAUUAACGAAAGAAGAACCUGGCCUUCAAGGGCUAACUUGAACAAGAGUGAACUGGCUUUGCAUGGAUUGGCUUUAGAUGAUGUCACAGAUGAUUCUCUAAACUGGAAAAUGGCAGUAAAGAACUAUUGGUCUCUUUUGUCGCCACUAAUCUUCUCGGAUCAUCCAAAACGACCAGGUGAUGAGGAUCCUUUACCCCCAUACAACAUGCUCCGGAAUGUGCUAGAUAUGAAUGCUUAUUAUGGAGGUUUCAAUUCUGCAUUAUUGGAAGCUGGGAAGUCUGUAUGGGUCAUGAACGUAGUACCAACAGAUGGACCUAACCAUCUUCCCAUGAUAAUGGAUAGAGGCUUCAUUGGGGUAUUGCACGAUUGGUGCGAGGCCUUUCCAACAUAUCCUAGAUCAUAUGAUUUGGUUCAUGCAGCAGGGCUUCUGUCCCUUGAAGCAAGUAAGAAGCCAAGAUGCUCCAUGCUCGACUUAUUCAGUGAGAUUGAUCGGUUACUUCGUCCAGAGGGUUGGGUGAUAAUCCGCGACACUGCUGCACUUGUCGAAUCAGCUCGAACUAUAACUACACAGCUUAAGUGGGACGCACGAGUUACAGAAAUUGAAGAUAACAAUGAUGAGAGAGUCCUCAUCUGCCAAAAACCUUUCUUGAAGAGACAAGCAAAGUGAUUAAAAAUUUUGAAGGUGAAAAGUAUUUAUAUUCAUUCUGUGGAUGAUGAUGGAAUAACCAUCAUAGGGGGCUCCCUCAUCCAAAUUUGGGAGAGGAAAAAUCAUAAUUUCUGAAAAAAAAAAAAAAAGAAAAAAAGAGAGAGAGAAAAGAAGAGAGGACACAAAUUGAUACUUGUUGGGAUUGACAACACCACGAUAGCAGCUAUAGAAGAAGCCGUAAGGCCGAAAAUAGGAUAUGAUGUAAUUAUGCAAAUGAGCACAGAAGUGAGAAAUCUAGGAUUUGAUUAAAAUAGAGAUUUGCAUUUUUAUUAUGCAUUUCCUGAAAUGUUAUACAUCAAUGUGAUUAAGAUUGUGAAAUUGGAUCAACAAUAAUAAGCACUUGAUGUUUGCUUUAGCAUCUAAAAUGCUAUGCAUCCAUUUUAUGCAGAAAAAAUAUUUCUUUU